AUGUCAUCAUCGACUGGCGGCAAUGCCACUUCUGCGGAUCGCCCGCUCCGCCUCUUGAGUUUGGGUAAGGCUCUCGAUCUGUCUCUUUGGCAAACGUUAAUGCUGUGCCCAGAUGGAGGAGGCGUGAAAGGAUUGGCGACGCUAAUCAUGCUACAAGAGCUGUUUAGCCCUCUGCGAGAUGGGCAGGGAAAUGCACCUCUUCCCUGGCAGUAUUUUGACCUUAUCGGGGGCACAUCUACUGGAGGCCUCAUAGCUAUCAUGCUCGGACGUCUCCACAUGUCGAUCGAAGACGCCAUCGAGGCUUACAAAGAUCUGUCGGGCACAAUUUUCGCUAAGAAGUGGUGGGCGGGGAACAAGAUUACAAGACUCAUUGGGGGCGAGGCGAAACAAUACGCCUUCAGCGGAGAGCCCAUUAAGCAGGGGGUCCAAGACGUGUUGCAAAAACAAGGCCUGGAUAGCGACGUCGCUCUGCUGGAGUUGGAAGAAUCAUCAUGCCGAACAUUUGUGAGCGCUGUCAAUGCGGUCACUACGCAUGCCGAACUCCUUCGGACGUAUCGCCUCAACAAGCCUGGGCAGACACAUUAUCCUUGUACGGUUUGGGAAGCUGCUCGAGCAACUUCAGCAGCACCGAUGUACUUUGAGCCUAUCGAGAUAGGCGCAAAAAUCAAGACCACCUUCGUCGAUGGCGGAUUGCGCGACAACAAUCCCGUCGGCUUGGUCACGGCCGAAGCACAUCGGAUCUGGCCUGGUCGCAAGAUUGGAUGCCUUGUGAGUCUGGGAACAGGCGUGACGCAACCAGACUCGUUGAGUGUGACCAAGUCGAGGCUCCACGAGGUGUUGACCACGCUUGCGUCGAUGACCACCGACGCCCACAACAGACACCUCGAAUUCAGAAACAGCGAGGAGGGCCGAGGCUUGCUCAACGACAAGAAAUAUUUCAGAUUCUCGCCCACCCAAGGGUUUGGUCAGGUUAGCAUGGAAGAUUUUGAGAAAGCAGACUCAAUGGUCCAGUUUGCUCGCGACUAUGUGCGUGAGCAUGACGAUGCGUUCGAGCACUGCAUGGCCGUGCUGGGGAGCUUGAGCACUGGUAUGUGA